AUGGUUAGUCAGUUCAACCAGUUCUAUCGAGAAGAGCACAGAUCGCUGACCCAGUCAUCUUCCACAGUCGGCAACUUACCUCCUCGCGCACGUCUCGGCGGCUGCGAAGGAGCCGUACCGCUCUCUGCCCUCGACCCCGACUCCCAAUCUCGACAGCGACACCUCGGCCGAGGACAAGGGCCACUCGGAUGCCAUCUGGUGCACCAAGUGGGCUCGACUGGAAAGUGGCGAGUCGCUCGUCAUCACCGCUGGAGCGGACCACGAGAUUCGAACUUGGUCAGUUCCAGCUUCCUCGUCAACGUCAUCAUUGGCCAGCAGUCCAGGUUAUCCAGCGCCUCCUAGCUGACCGAGACCCCUUCUUCAAAUUACAGGAACCCGUCCAAUGGUGCGAAACCGACGACCGUCAUCAAGCCCAAGCAGUCGCUCGGCAUCGUCGGCCUCGACGUCGAACGGGACUCGAGUCGCAGGCGCUCGUCGUCCUACUUCAUCACCAACACCCUCGACUCGGUCCUCACGCGAUGGACCCUGGAUGGUGAACAACAGGCGAGAAAAGAGCUGGGUCCAGGUCAGUGUUCUUCCGAACUCGUAAGAGUCCCGACUGCCGCUGACCCGGCUUCCUCUCUACUCUCUGCAGCCGAGUCGUGGGGAGUCACAAUUCAUCCUUCCGCGCCCAACGUCGCCACGGCGGGCAACGAAGGCAAAGUGAGGAUACUCUCGGCCGCGAUCGACGACUUUGGUACCGAGUUGGUGCAGAUGGACGCUCAGGGAUCCUUUGGCAGCGCCAUCCAAUACGUCAGUUGGAAAACUGGCAAGAUUUCGUUAAACGAGGCCCUAUCUGACACUUUCGGGGGAUCUGCAGAGCCAAGAUGGUCGAUACCUCGCAGUCGGGUCCGAGACGGGCUACAUCACCCUCUUUGACGCUCAGACAGGCUCGCUCGUAGCCACCUUCCCCGGUCAGCCCUCAAGCGAAAGCUUGAUUUUUUCCGCCCCGGUCUCGAGGCUGACGCGCACAUUUCCCACAGCCCACGCCUCGCCGAUCCGCUGCAUCACCUUUACCAGUUCCCUCCUCAUCUCCGCUUCAGACGACCACCGUCUCAACAUCUUUGACCUCCGCUCCCUCGCCUCCCCAACAGCCACCAACGCCACCUUCUCCCGCCGAGGUCAAGUCGCUUCCCUUGGUGGUCACGAAGGCUGGGUUACAUGUUGUGCGGCGCGCAACGAUCGUCUCUUGGCUUCGGGUAGUUCGGAUGGGACGAUCAAGCUUUGGGAUUUGGCGAAUUUGGCCGGCGGGACGGGGGCCGUCGGCACGCUGAGGGAUCAUCAGGCCGAUGUGUGGAGUUUGGAUUGGAUGCCCGAGGAUGUCUCGAAAGCCACUGAAGGGUUGGGUGGAGCGGCAGCGGGGAUGAGUGGCGGACAAUUGGUCAGUGGGGGCGAGGACGCCGCUCUGAGGUGGUGGAGAGGCGGAGGCUAG